CGUCGCUCUUAGUCGCCAUAUUGUAGACCAUAGUUUGGUUACAGACACGUUUUUUCCAAAAUGAACAUAUUCCGGCUUUUGGGAGACCUGUCCCAUUUAUUGGCAAUCAUUAUUUUGUUAUUGAAGAUAUGGAGGACACGGUCUUGUGCAGGUGUCUCUGGAAAGAGUCAGAUCUUGUUUGCCUUGGUAUUCACAACACGUUAUUUGGAUCUGUUCACCAACUUCAUUUCCAUGUACAACUCUGCCAUGAAACUGAUCUACCUAGUCUGUUCUUAUGCCACAGUCUUUUUAAUGUAUUUCAAAUUCAAAGCCACUUAUGAUAGUAACCAUGACACUUUCCGUAUGGAGUUUCUUGUUGUUCCUGUUGGUGGAUUGGCAUUCCUUGUCAAUCAUGACUUUACCCCAUUAGAGAUUCUGUGGACUUUCUCUAUCUACCUGGAAGCUGUUGCUAUCUUACCACAGUUAUUCAUGAUCAGCAAAACUGGGGAGGCAGAGACCAUUACCAGUCAUUACCUGUUUGCACUUGGCUCCUAUCGUGCUCUAUACAUAGUUAAUUGGGUGUUCCGUUUUUAUACCGAGGGAUUCUUUGAUCUUAUUGCUAUUGUUGCUGGAUGUGUACAAACUAUUCUUUACUGUGACUUUUUCUAUUUGUAUAUUACAAAAGUUCUUAAAGGUAAACAGCUCACAUUACCCGCAUAACUUAACCAAACUUUGAAGACAAUCUGCAGUAUAUAACAGUGAUCAUAAUCUUCACCGGGAAAACUUAGAUGGUUGGUUUUACAAGUUACUGGGUGUAUCACAGCUAGUGGUUGGCAGUCUUUAUGUGCAUGUGAGCUUACCACUUGUAAAAUGUGGUAGUCAAUUUCUUACUGGUGUGACAAGUGUAAUGGGCAGUAAGAUGUGUAAGAUCUUAUUGUGUUUGUAUGGUGAAACUCGGAUAAAGUGGCCCUCUUGCUGCUCUAACUUAAUAUUGAACAUACAAAGGCUGCCAUUCAACCAUUGUGAUUUACAAUUCAACUCUUUCAUUUAAUUAAGUAACUUGAAAAACAUUUAUUCCCCCCCAUCUCUUCAAUGCUGAAUAUUACUUAUACUAAAUCUGCAAUUGCUUUGAAGCAUGCUGUGCAUUGAAACUUUAAAAACCCUCUAUAUUGUACUGUAGAUUUCUUUGGCACUAUGCUUUGACCAAAGUACUGUACUCGAAGGUUUUUGAGAAAAAAAAAGUUGUUUUAUAGUAUGAAUAUAUUUUUCUUUUGGUGAGACACAACAAAUUUUAAUGAAAUGAAGUUUAAAUUUAACUGUAUGCUUACUUUGUAAUUCAUUGAUUUUGUCAACGAUUAAAAAAGAAAAGUUCAUGUACUUUAUAGAGUUUAAGAAUGAAGAGCAUUUUGAUUCUGGUGGUUUUAAAUUCACCAGAUCAUGUACUGUAAACAAAAGCUUGUUAGAAUUGUUUGGGAUGACUUUCACAAAGACAAUUCACAAAGACAAAACUUCACAAGUCAAUGUUGGUGACCUCGGUGAAAUUAAAUUUCACAAUUCUUGACUUUUGAAAUUUUGUCUCACACAAUUAAAGUGGUUCACAGUAUUUUUGUCUUGGUGACAUUACAGUAGUUGAUUGGAUUUCUCUGACUUGUUAGCUUAUUUUUCUUAUCAUUGGAAAAUGUUGCAGAACUGCCCCACCUACCUUUUAAAUAGGGUACUUGGUAUAUUUGAGACUGAUGAAUUGUAAUAUGAUUAAGUGUUCUCAUUCUGGUAACAUUACAUCAGUCCCUCUAUGCGACUGUGAAGAAAUUUUUGUAAAACGCCACUUUACUCUGCAAUUAUAUGGUGAAACCCAUGCAAAUUUUUAAUACAAACCACAUGUACUACUAUUACAAUUAAAAGACUGUAGUGGAUUUAGUUUUUCUCGUACCUAUAUAUUUAUUAUAGUUGAAUGGUAAAACAUUUUUCUUUUUGUUUUUUAACAGAUUUUUCAUUUUCCAAGGUUUUAGUUGGAUAUCUCUGAUUUUGUAACUAUAAAAAGCAAUGCGCAAUAUAUCAUUUCCAUUUUCAUUCAGUUGCAAGGCUUGUUUUGGCUUUGUAUAUUGCCCCAAGUCUAUACAAUAUGCCAUAUUAGCUUUAUUAGUAGCUUACAUGUAUGUGAAUGACAAAUGAGUCAAGAUAAAUAUUUUUAGGAUCCAGCAUAUUUUCGCUUGAAAUUAAUUUUUGCUAAAGGAAUGAUUCUGUGAUAUCCAACAAAUAUACCUUUUUUCCUAUAUUUUACAUUAAACUCAUCAAAAAUAAAUGAAAAUAAAUUCCAUACAAAACGCGCAAAAAGUCUUUUCAGUGAAAAUUAAUUCCAGGAGAAAUAAAGUAUUUCACCAUACAUUAAAUGCAAUUUUUGGUUUAUGUGCGCUUGUAUUGGAGAUGCUUUUCUAAUGAAGCAAAUUGAUAACAUUUUAUAAAAAUGUAUUGGAGAUGCUUUUCUAAUGAAGCAAAUUGAUAACAUUUUAUAAAAAUGUUUAGUGUAUCAGUGUAAUUGUUGAAAUGCUGAUCUCUGCUUGCUCUGUACACCUUGCAAGGUUAAAUCAAAAUUUUCAAAUAUCGCAACAAAAAUGAAAUUUAGAGUGCGGAUUUGUUAUUUUCUUUAUAUACAUGCAAAUUAUUACAAGCUGUAGAUCUGACUGAUCUUCUUCAAACAAUUUCAUGCCAUGCCAUGCCAUACCAUACCAUACUUUGCUUUUGUAAUAUGUUAUCAUAAAUGUCGAUAAAUAAAAAAACUGGUCAUGUUAUUUUAUCUAUAUUCUGUAUAUACCACAUUUGGUUAUCUUGCCCUGAUCUGCACGGUAUCAAUUUGAAACAUUUGGGUCAUAAAAUUCUCCAGGUAUAUCAACUGUUUUAUAGCUAAAUGGUAUUCAUAUUAAGUGACUGUUUGGUAUAUUGAAUAGUUUUAAAAUAGAUUUGCACAACCAAGCUUGUCAUUCUGUUAUCUCCUGACCCCCCCCCCCCAAAGUACAUUUGGAAGUUUCAAUUGAAUGCCAUGUAAAGCCUCCAGCUUAAAAGCUGCAGCAUUCGUAAUUUCUAUCAAUUAAAUGUGGGAUGAAAUAUUGCAGAAAAAUAAAACUGAUAUUGUCAAUCAUUAUUACCAGUGAUAAGCAAAUUGGGAAAACACCCACUUUUCAUAAACAUAUUCGAGGAACAUAGAUUUGUCACGCAUGCCAUGUUAUUGAAUAGUGGUGCUUUCAUAUUGACAGUGAGCUGAAGAUGAAAUGCGGUACAAGUUUAAUAUUUUGCUUUUCAUUGGAAAGCUGCAUUUGAUUAUUUUAUUCCUGUCUAUUCUGAGUAUUUGUUCUACUUCAAAUAGGUGUUGGUAUAAUUCAAUGUUACAAGCUUGCCUGUAAGUGCCAGGAGAAAAAACAAUAAAUAUAAUUUGAUAACUAUA